AUGGCCACUGCUAUUUCAUCAACAGAUGCCGUUCAUACAAAAUCGGAUGACAUGCAUCUUGAAAUAUUCUGCCUCGUCUGGCUCGAUGCUGGUUCCAGUGCCAAAGACGGUCGUGAUACUGAACAGCAGCUGCGUUCUAUCAUUAAUCAUCUCAAGAAAUUUCAAAAUGUAGCCCAAUGUCAACAGUUUAUUUAUGAGCGAUCACCGAAAGAACGAGUAGUUAUGGUUGUAAGUGGUCAGUUGGGACGAGAAAUAGUUCCUUCUAUUCACAAUCUUCGACAAGUUAUAUCAAUAUAUGUCUAUUGUUUCGAUAAGAAAAGUAAUGAACAAUGGACUUAUAAAUACGCAAAAGUAAGGGCUGUUGUGGUUGAACUUGAUGAGCUCGUUUCUCGAAUUAAAGUUGAUCAUAAAAUUCAGAAAAUGGUCGAAGAGCCAUUAUCAAUUAAUAUUUUUACUACAGGUGGCGGUGCAGGUAACUCAACGAUGGGUUUAAAUGGUGAAUUUGUUUUUUCACAAGUUUUGAUUGAUUGUCUUAUCCGAUUACGAUACACCGAAUCAGAUAAAAAAGAACUUAUUCGUCUUUGUAAACAACAAUAUAAAGGUAAUAGCGCCGAAUUGAGUAAUAUUCGUGAAUUUCAAGACGAAUAUUCAUCUGACAAUGUAUUAUGGUGGUAUUCGCGAGAGUCGUUUUUUUACAAGACUCUUAAUGCUGCUCUUCGUACCCCAACUGAUAUUCAUACAAUAUUUUUGUUUCGUAAAUAUAUCACUGAUAUUCAAUAUCAAUUAGAAAAUUAUCAAGCUAAGAAUGCUCUUCGAGUUUAUCGAAGUCAAAUGAUAUCAACUAAUGAACUAGAAACUUUGAAGCAAUGCCGUGGUCAAUUUAUUUCCGUGAAUUCAUUUUUUUCUACCAGUAUUGAUAAACAGCAAGCUCUAUCAUUUCUCAAGGUUCCCGAUGAUGCAGAAAAUUUAGACGCAGUAUUAUUUCAAAUUGAUGUCGAUCCUAAGAUGGCAAUUACAAAACCAUUUGCUGAUAUCACUGAACAUAGUGAAUAUAAAGAUGAAGUUGAAGUGCUCUUUAUGCUUGGUUCUAUUUUUCGAGUGGAUAGUAUCAAUCGAAGUAAAAAUGGUCAAGUAUGGAUCAUUCAAAUGACAUUGUGCAAUGAUGAUGAACAUGAUUUAAAACAAGUUCUUAUGGAUAUGAAAGAACAGUUCGUGAGUGAAGAAACAAAUCUUCAGAAUUUAAGGAAAAUAUUAUUGGAGAUGGGAAAACCUGACCUGGCACAACAAUACUUCAUUCGCAUGUUAGAACAACUUUCACUCAACGACCCUUUACGCAUUGAUUUGUAUUUGGAUCUUGGGACACUUGAGUCAUAUGCCGGUCACUUGGACAAGAGUAUGGAAUGGCGCCAAAAAGCAAGUGCACUCAAAAAACAAAUUCAAUCUAUUUCUUCUUCCAGCAUUAGCAAACCAAAGAAUCCUAUUGUUCAUGGCAAUGAUCCAUUAUUCAAACUCAGAUGUGAAUUAAUCCUUCUCUGUGGUUCUAUCUAUAGAACAUUUGCAAGCUAUAAAUCUCAAAUUUAUAGACAUCAUCGAGAACUUAUUUCGAAAUCGCUUGAUAAAGUAGAUUUGUUCUCCCCUACUAAUUAUGAUUCAAAUAACGGUUAUACAUUUUCUUAUGCUGAUAAUUAUGCAUUUGAACAUGAGGCAACUAACAGUAACAGCAACGAUAAUUUUGAAUCGAUGAAUGAAUAUGAUGAAGAAACAGAACUUGAUUAUCCACUAUUCACGGAAACGAUUUUAGAACAUGAUGAAGAACCAUUUGAUAUGAAAAAAUUUCAGAAAUAUUAUACACGUUUUCUCUUGGAAUUACGUGAACAGCAUUUACUUUCUCAGAACAUUGUCUCAUCACUUACAUCCAGUUUUUCACUUUUAUUCAAUAUUGUGUUGUAUAGUAAUGAAGUUAGCGUUACCAACCCUAUUGGACCAAAAAAAGAUGAACAGAAAUUAUUAUUAUUUUACUAUAUGCUUGAUGAUUUACUUCCAAUUAUUCGAUCAUUGUUAAAUUCUAUUGGUUUAAUUGGUAUUUGUUUAUCUAAAUUUUUAACUAAUCCAUCACAUCGUCACAUAUAUUUUGAAUCAAUGACUAAUGAUUUAAACGAAUUGCAAACAAAAGGUUUCACAUUAUCCACCUGUACUGGACGUUUAUAUUUUGCAUUCGAUUUAAUGGCUACGGAUAACUUGGCGGCAAAUGAUCUUGGAGGUUUUCAGAAAAAUUUCAAUAAUGGUCAUUUCUGCCGUAUGUGCUAUGUUUCAAGUCUAUACCAUUAA